AAAUUUACAGGCAUUAGAUUUCCAGUAAUUCUCGGUGUAUCCUGAGCUUUGGUCGCUGGGGAUUUUCAGAGCUACAGAUUUGCAUAGGGCGGGCGGGUUGAGACACCUUUCUAGUUUCGCCUCGGGAUCUUUCUCCUUCCUACUGUCAACAGGAGUAAACUCAGACCAGAUCAUCGCCACAAUCACUGGCACGGAAAUGCAAGGAGCAGAUUCCCAGAGCAGGGCCGAGGAGGUGGAUGAGAGCCUAUGUUGUUGGACCCACUCUUCAGGUUCACAGGGCAACUGUGCGGAUAAAGAACUGGAGACAUGCAGACAGUGCGUCAAUGGAGGAAAGGCUGAAGCCGGUCACUGCGACCCUGUGUCAGCUCAGCGCACGCCUGCGUUUGGAGCGUCAGAGGAGAACACGGCUCCAGCAGGGGAGAAGCUAAGACCAGCUCUCCAAUCUCGGGAUGCCGGCAGUCAUCAGUAUCAAUCCCAGCCUGGCCCACAAUUUCCGAAGCUGAUUAGCAACAGCGAAAAGUACCAUUUCCCAAUGGUGGAAUUUCAGAGGAAGCCAAGGGAGGCACUGGAAUCUGAUUUUAAGGAUUUUGCAAUGGCAAAUGAGUUUGAUCAUUCCUCAGGAUUUGGAAAGGGCACUUCUUCCUCUGCCUUCUCUGACACCAGUAUGUUUUUGGCAGCGGUGACCAACCGAAACCAUUGGGGAAUGGCAGGCAGAUGCGGCCUAUCCGAGAACAGAGAGCAGGUGAAACCGGUCUCCUUUCCAGAUUCUUUAAGCGCCAGGGCCCCCUCGCUCAAUCCAGACCAUCCGUGUGAAAUCGAGAAGGGAUUGUUCGAUGCUUUUCCACGUUUAACCAAAAAUCCUGCCAGCGUUUCACUGACAAAUGCGUCGGAGUACCAGGCCCAAUUAGAAUUGCCCAGUAAAGACACUGGGUACGAAUCCCAAGAUGACAUUGGAAUCGGUCAGCUGGAUCCUCCUGGGCCACUUCUUUCAGGACUGAAUGACCUAGAGCCUCCUGGCCCUUUGCGCUCCUGGAAAUUCCCAGCGGGGGACUCCCACAUGUAUCCGGUGUUUCCAUACCCCAAUACCCCAGGCUAUUUUCCUCCAUAUUCUUCAGGUAUUCCUCAGUACAGGUACCUACAGGCUGUUCAACAACUGCAAGUUCCAAAUGGUGUGAGAUUCCCUUCUCCAGCCUGCACCUGUAAACAAUGCUAUGACAACGCAUAUCGGCAUGGUCCUUUUCCUCUGCCUGUGAGAUAUAACCAAGAUGUAUCCGUGAGAGGGGUGUCACCCAUUCAGCCACAUGGACUGGUUAACUCUCCUCCUGUGUACUUUACAAGAUAUCCUCAUAGCGGAGGAACACAAAGCAAUUUCGUCCAAGGAUCAUCUCGAGCACAGGUAUAUGGGAAUAACCCAAAUGUCAGAGGGAUGAGCCACAAGGCGAAGGGACUUAUUGCUGAUGUUACCCCUCAGCAUGAACAGCUACCUCCACAUGAGAGAGGUUACAUUUCCUGUGCUUACCCACUGCCCUAUAAUAACCGAGACAUUCCUGCCAGCAUCAAUGAUGGACACGGUACUCUGCGAACAGUUAAUCUGCCGGAUGCAUUACGAAAAGUAUUCGUUACCUACGCUGUGGACACAGCCAAUGAAAUUCGUAUCUUUGUGAACUUCCUGCGUAUUAAUGGCUUUGAGGCAGCAAUUGACAUUUUUGAAGACUCAGUUCGUGGUAUAGACAUCAUCAAAUGGAUGGAAGGCUACCUGACUAAUAGAGAAGUGAUGAUUGUGAUAGCGAUUAGUCCAAAGUACAAACAGGAUAUCGAGGGAACUAAAUCAGAGCAGCUAAAAGAUGACCACAGCUUACACACAAAAUACAUCCACAGAAUGAUGCAGAUUGAAUUUAUCCAACAGGCAAGCAUGAACUUUAGGUUUAUACCUGUACUUUUCGCAAAUGCUACCAAGGCUCACAUACCCAGCUGGCUGCAGAACACAAACGUUUACAAUUGGCCGAGAGAUCAGAAGCGAAUCCUCCUCCGAUUGCUGAGAGAAGAGGAAUAUAUUGCUCCACCAAUUGGGCCAUUACCCACCAUUCAUUCAGUCCCACUUUAAGCCCUUGGCCUUGAUUAUCCUUUCUCUUCUUUUAAAUUGAUUUGCGGCCAUCAUUCCUGCCUCAGUAGCAACACUUUGAUAAAAGUGGACUGUAUGGAAGUUAUUGUAGUUUAUCCAAGUCUUGCUAAGUUGGCCCUGUGCUACAGUCAAUGAUUUCUCCCUUAGUAUGUAAUGGUGGAAACUCAGUUGUUAACUGACUGAUUAACCUACUGAAGGGUUCUCGACAUCUGAGUCUCCAACACUGAGGUUACACAUGACCCAUGUAUAUUUUUUAAAAAAGGCGCUUCUAAGUUUAAUGCAGUGUGAUUGCACCAACAUUUUAACCUUUUUAGAGUUACCUAGACAGUGCUACAUCCAAAUUUCUCAAAAGGGAGUUUGUGAAUUUUAUGCAAUACUGUAUACCAAUCCCACUGUACAAUUCUUGAUUAAUACCAAGCACAUGUCCCUAAUGUACUCCUUGGAAAAAUUGAUAAUAAAUUGGCCAAUGGCCUUCAAGUGAUGGACUUCCACCAGU